GCCCGUGGCGUUUCUUCAUCCGCGCCAGCUGUUCGUGCGGCCCCGGGGUGCGGCGCCUACGGGGACGACGCGCCGCGCGUGGAACGAGCGGCAGGAAGCGCGAGCUCGCGGAAACGACGCUCUCCGGCUCUCUCGGGCGAUCGGGGACGAGGAAUUUCCGCGCACGAACGACGUAUGGCCCCCGUGAAAAUACAACGGUUCGCGUUCCUCCGUCCGCACUCUGUCUCCCCAGUUCCGCGUUCCGCUGUUUUCGGGAGGCGCCCGUGACGCGAGGGAGAGAGAGAGAGAGGGAAUGCCGCGAAAAAAGACCUACCUUACCGACACCUCGAGCACAGGACGUAAAUAUACCGAAGAGAGAGUUCGGAGUAAAAAGAUAAAAUAGCGAGAAAAUUUUUGCUGUAGCGUUAUAUCAAAUUUAAUAUAUAAAUUGUGUAUCUGUCAAAAUAGUCAUCUGUCAAAGAGUUGGCAAAUAUUAGUGAAAUUGACUGUGCAGGUGUAAAUAGGAAUUUAAUAUUUACAAUUGUUUUAAAGUAUUACUAGUGUUCUUCGAUCAAGUAUUAAUUCCAUUAAGAAAAAUGUCAGACGAUGAGGACUAUAUGUCUGAUAAAUUUUUACAAGGUUCCGAGAAGCCUUCUUCAUCGAGUCUUAUAUACACACGUUCUGACAGAAGAGAAUUUGCAUUAUUGAAAAAGAAAAUCGAAAUGAAGGAGCAAAAUAAAUCGAUACGAGUAGUUGAAGCAGAAAAAAGGGAGGAAGGCUUAUCAUCUGCUAUUACUAGUACAAAUAAAGGUUUUGGAAUGCUUAUGAAGAUGGGAUAUAAACCUGGUCAAGGCAUAGGCAAGUCUCAGUCGGGAAUAGUUGAACCAAUUCCAGUAGAAGUUAAAGCAGGCAGACAGGGCCUAGGCAAGGCAAUAAGAAAAAAGGAUGAUCGCAAGAGCACGAGUGUAAAAUUGGAAAAUAUGAAUAUGAGAGACUUUCGUAGCAGAUUAGCGCAAGAAAAAACUGAACAAUUACAAAAGGUGGAUGUAUACAAGAGUCAAAAAGUAUGUCAAGAAUUGGAUACUAAUGCAAAUGUGAAAGCUCAAGAAUCGUGGUUUUGGCCAGAAACGAGGGAAGAAAAAGAAACCGACGACAGUGAAGAUAGCGAUGAAAGUGACGAGGAAUCACAACUCAGCAAUUUAGAAAAACUUGAAAUUCUUACUAAAUAUUUAAGAAAGACAUACUUUUACUGCAUUUGGUGCGGUCGAUAUUAUAUAAUGUUGUUAAGCCCAAAGUCCUUAUUAAUUCUCGUGAUUUAUGCUGCGAUCAACCAUGCCGAGAUAACUGAAAUAACUGACGACGAGAGCUGCGAGACUCUGCAGUCAGAAGUGCGGAUUAAUAAGGACGAAUACGACGAGAUAGGACGUCUGAGGAGAUCGUGUAGCGGGGAUGUAUCGGUCACCAAAUGCGAAGGAUUUUGUAAUUCGCAAGUACAGCCAAGCGUUGUCACCACUACGGGCUUUUCAAAAGAGUGCUACUGCUGUCGGGAGAGUUUCUUGAAGGAAAGACUAGUCGUCCUGAAUCAAUGUUACGACGCGGAGGGGAUCAAAUUAAUAGGCACAGAAGACGAGAUCAUGGAAAUCAAGAUACGAGAACCUGCUGAAUGUAAAUGCAUCAAGUGCGGCGAUCUCGCGAGAUAAAAGUGGCAUCACAAUUGGAAAUAUUAUACAUUCUGCGAAAAUUCAGAUUACAAUUAUUAUGUAACAAUUACAUCGAUAGAUAGAUAGAUAAAAAAUGAAGAUAUUGUAAUCACGGUAAAGAAAUAAAUUUUUUUCCAAUACA